AUGAAGGAUAUCAAUUUUGCCAUGACGGGGCCUCUCGAAACUGCUUCUACCGCAAUCGAGUCUCCAACUCCUUCGCCGUGGGCUUCACCAACAGAUGCUGCGCAAGUCUCGACUUUCGACGGAGAAGUAGACGGUAAUGAUUACUCCGAACUUGAUCGCUCACCAACGUUGGCAGAGCAAGAUCAUGAACCCGAAAUCCGGCGUAUGCUAGCACAGGAGCAGGUUCACACUUUCAUGAACGAAGAGGGUCAGACGGCCCUCCACCUUGCAGCCAAGCAGGACGCGUACUUGACGCUGGACGUUCUCAGCCGCGGGGUUGACAUCAACAUCCGCAAUGUCAACGGUGAAACUCCGCUAAUGUGUGCAGUCAAUGCCGAGAACAUAGACACUGUGACACUCUUACUCAAGAAUCAUGCCGAUGUCAAUGCGGUAGAUGACCAGCAUGCAACGUGUCUUCAUUUUGCAGCGAUGAAGGAUGAGUCUGGAUCAAUAACUCGACUACUCUUGAGACGGAACCCAGAUAUCGAAACAAUGGACAACAUCGGACUAACACCAUUGUUCCUCGCAGCCUUCGAGGGCAAUGAUGCGGUUGUCCGCCAACUACUUGAAUUCGGGGCCGAGCCGGAAGCCAAAGAAUCGGACGGUUUCAGUGCUCUACACUACGCCUGCAUGCAAGCCAACCACGUCUUCAUGAGCCGUAUCCUCGACAAACGUGGUCCCGACUUUGAGGCAUUCUACGAAUUCCUCAUGUACGGCCUACCCGCCAAUUCUUCCCAUUCUACCAUCUCCAAGAGGCGCGCCCAGAUAGUCGACAGCCUCCUCGCGCACAACGCCGACGUUCACGCCAGCAGCAAAGGCUUGACACCCUUACACAUUUCUGCCGCAACAGCUCAGGAACAACUCGUAAACAUCCUGCUGUCCAACAGCGCAAGUUCUACCGGCGUCCCCGUUAUCACCGCCUACUGGGGCCUCACUCCAGAAACGGUCGACCUACUCCUCACCCGCGGCGCCAACGUAUCGACUACCGACUGCCGCUGGAACAAACCCGCCCUGACCUGGACCGCAGAGAUCGGCUCCCCCGCCACGCUCAAGGUCCUCCUCAGCCACGGCGCUAGCGUGCACCAUCAGGACACCCAAGGCUCUUCGGCUUUGCAUUACGCCGGAGCGAAUGCUCGCAACGAGUCCAUCGCUCUCCUCCUGGACGCUGGCGCAAAUCCCAACUUACUUGACUCAGGAGGCAACACACCGCUCGUCAGGCUCGCCUCGGGCCGUCGUUUCUACCUUGCGGGCAGAUGGUGGAACCCUUUAGCCGCUGAACGGAAGGAAGCAGCUACGCUACUGCUCGGUGCUGGUUGCGACGCUUCGGUCAAAGACAUGCAUGGGAACUUGGCGGUUCAUUACGCGGCGGGGAACGGGUAUCGAGGUGUUCUGGAGGCGAUUGAGAUGGCGGGAGGAGAUUUGGAGUUGCUGGACGGGUCGGGGAGGACAGCGGUGGAGUGGGCGAAGGAGAAGGGGGAGAUGGAGGUGGUGAGUGUUCUGAAGAGGAAGAGGAUGGUGAGAGGGGCUGGGGGCGGGGCCGGAGAAGCAGGGGUGCAAUAG